AGCUUUUCAUCUGGAGUCGAUUUUCCUGUCAAGCCAGACAGCUUGGAUCCCUCCUACGUGCAUCCAUCUCAGGCAGCUGCUUUCAGGUGUCUCGGAGACCAGGAGGAGUCGCACAAGGGAACGGGCUUCUGGAAGCAUCAAGGUCUGGGCAGGGGGUUCCUUCGUCUUGCAUCGGUGGAGGAACAGCUCUUGUGCAUGAACCUUCUGCUGAGCUGACAAUUCCCCCCCCAUACUCACGAAUGGGAGCUGUACGCUGAGGUGCACCGUUGGCUGAUCCUGCCAGUGGGUACGAGGGUGUUUGUUCUGAAUCACGUCGAGGUCACCAGAUGUAGAUAUCACGACACAGUGAGACACGUACAUAAACCAAAACACAGCCAUCCCUCCAAAUGUGCAGCGUCCUAUGAGCCAAUCAGCACGAAAGGUGGAAUGUGUUAGCCACUGAGAAGAGUCUUCUAACAUGCUUCCUUGCCUUUUCCUGCUGAUGGGAGCCAAUCAAGAGUGAAAAGAGGGACGCCUUUCUGGACUGUGGCAUUGAUCGUACCAAGCUGUGCAACCAUGUGGCUGGGAGGAGCUGUUUGUUUCUUGCUUCUCCAGUGGAUGAGCGCUGUGGCAGGGGGCCGUCCAUGCUCUGCCAGGAAUUUUGGGCAUGGCUCACCGGUGUGCGUAUGUGGGGAUUCCUACUGUGACAUGUUGGAGCCUGUCUCCCUGCUCCCCCUGGGCUCAUACAUCAAGUAUGAAAGCAACAAGGCAGGGUGGCGUAUGGAGAAAAGUGAAGGGGUCCUUCGCAGUGACUUUCCAGAAAAAGAUGCUGUCACUCUGAAACUCAAGACAUCCCAGAAGUAUCAAAAAAUCAAGGGCUUUGGAGGGGCCCUCACAGAUUCGGCUGCCAUCAAUAUCCUGUCUCUAUCCCCAAAGGCCCAGACAAAUCUCCUCAAAUCCUAUUUCUCAGAACAAGGGAUUGAAUACACCUUGAUCCGUAUCCCCAUGGCUAGCUGUGAUUUCUCCGUGAGGCUGUAUACAUACGCUGACUCCGAGAAUGACUUUGAGCUGAAAAACUUCAGCCUGACUGAGGAAGACACCAAGAUGAAGAUCCCCAUCCUUCACCAGGCCCAGGCAAUAGCUACAAAGCCCCUCGUUCUCUUCGCCAGUCCCUGGACCUCUCCGGUGUGGCUGAAAACCAACGGGGCCAUGACGGGCCGUGGGACCCUCAAGGGGAAACCGGGAGACAAGUAUCACAAGGCCUGGGCCAACUAUUUCGUCAGGUUCUUAGAUGAAUACGCCAAGUAUAACUUGACUUUCUGGGCUGUGACUGCGGGGAACGAGCCGACGGCUGGAGACAUCAUCUUCUACCCCUUCCAGUGUCUGGGCUUCUCUCCUGAGCACCAGCGGGACUUCAUCGCCCAGGAUCUGGGGCCUGCCUUGGCCAACAGUUCUCAUAAGGGCAUCGAGUUGAUCAUUCUUGAUGACCAAAGGGUGAUGCUCCCUUACUGGGCUGAAGUGGUUCUCAAGGACCCCGUGGCGGCCAGUUAUGUCAAAGGAAUCGGCAUCCACUGGUAUAUGGAUUUCCUGGCCCCCAUCGACUUGACGCUAUCCAUCACCCACCACCUUUUCCCCAAGUACUACCUCAUCUCCACCGAGGCCUCCACGGGAUCCUACUUUUGGGAGCCCCGCGUGGUGCUGGGAGGCUGGGACCGCGGCAGCAAAUACAGCCACAGUAUCCUCACGAAUCUCAACAACUACGUCACGGGCUGGACGGACUGGAAUCUCGUCCUGGACAUGAAUGGGGGCCCCAACUGGAGCAAGAACUACGUUGACAGCCCGGUCAUUGUGGAUGCAGCCAACAACGUCUUUUACAAGCAGCCCAUGUUCUACCACAUGGCACACUUCAGCAAGUUCCUCCCAAAGGGAACCCAAAGGAUUGGGAUCCAAAACAGCAAGUGGACCAGCUUAGAAUAUUCAGCCUUCCUGCGCCCGGAUGGCUCGGCUGCUGUCGUGGUCCUGAACAGAUCCCCCAAGGACGUGCCAUUUGGAAUCUAUGACCCCGGUGUGGGCUACAUUGAGGAGCUGGCGACUGCUGAUUCCAUCCAGACCUACCUCUGGAAGCGGCCCAUGGAACGGGAGGAGAAGCCCGGUCCAAUCAACGGCCUGUAAGAGGAGCCAGCCACCCCUCAACACGAAAUGCUGGGUUCCCACGAGAAGGGUUAAUGUUAGCAAGGGGGGAGGGUCAAUGGGGGGGUGGCAGGGGUCCUGGGGAUGGGCCUGCUGGCUCAGGGGAGAGGCCUGCAUGAACCAGGACAACUGGGAACAGAGGGGGCAAACCCUAAUCCUGCCUCAACCAUUAUUGGCAGAGUUAAUAGCUCCGAAUGCCAUCCAGAGUGAAGGCCACCCUAAGCCAGCCCUCUCGUGGUGACAUCCCUUCCACAGCGUUCUCCAUGUCUUCCUGGUGAGCUUGUGCUCCCUUUCUUUCUCAGAUGUUUUCAUACAAUAAACCACUUUUUUUUCCCUACAAA